ACACACUACUCCUAAAACACUAGGCGAUCGAGUAGUACUAGAUCGACGUCGGCGUUGAGUAGUCGAUCUGCAUCUGAACAUGGCCGGCGGCAAGAUGGCCGUUGCUCAGCUAGUCGUUGUGGCUCUCAUGCUCGCGGCGACGGGCUGCUGGGCCGGCCGGGACUUCUAUGUGGGCGACGGCGGCGGGUGGCGGACGAACCCCGCCGAGCCCUUCAACCACUGGGCCGAGCGCAACCGCUUCCAGGUCAACGACCGCGUCGUGUUUAGGUACAAGGGGCACGAGGACUCGGUGCUGGUGGUGAGCAAGAGCCACUACGAGUCGUGCAACACGAGCGAGCCGUUCCUGCGGCUCGACGGCGGCGACUCCGCCUUCGUCCUCUCCAGCUCCGGGCCCUACUUCUUCAUCAGCGGCCACGCAGACCGCUGCUGGGCCGGGGAGCGCCUCAUCGUCGUCGUCCUCGCCGUCCGCGCCGGCGCCAAAACCACCCCGCCGCCCAAGUCGUCGUCCCCUCCGGCGCCGGCCAAGGCGUCGCCUCCGUCGCCGAACUCAACACAGUCGCCGCCGUCGUCUCCCCCGGCGCCGGCGAAGCCUUCGUCGCCUCCGCCCGCCCCAGCACCGGCUCCGCCGGCUGCGGUGAACACUUCGUCCUCGCCGUCUCCCGGGGUGGCUGUGGCGCCGGGGAAGAACGCUACGGCGCCGCCACCGUCGCCGUCGUCCGCGUCGGCCUUAAGCAGCAGUGUCUUAAUGUGCCUCGCCGGUGCCGCCGCAGUGCUUCUUGUGUGA